GGUACAGCAGGACAGCAUAGAGUGGGCACUGCUGGACCAGCUGCUGCCGUCCACCAAAGACUCAAGCAGGCCAGGGAUGCUUAUUUCGGUUGUGUCGAUACCCCCGGCAGCAGGUGGCCCAAGACCCGAGCCCUCCCCUGGGCCCCCGCCACCCUUGCUGCCCAAACCAGGAAAGGACAACCAGAGACUUCAGAAGCUACUGAGAAAGGCUGCUCGGAAGAAGAUGGCGGGCGUGACCCCCACCCCACCUGGGGCCUUCCGUACCUCCCUGUCCCCUGUGAGUGAGGCCAGUCAUGACCUGGAGACCACAGUCCUGUGUCCUGCUGAAGCCCCUCACACAGUGGCCCAUUUACCCCGCUCCCCACACACCCCCAUUAUUCAACAUGUGGCAUCACCCCUGCAGAAAUCCACUUUCUCUUUUGGCCUUCCCCAGCAAAGGUCUCUGGCCACUCAUUUCAAGACACCUUCUAGUCUUGAAGCUCCAGCCCCAGAAACUGCCUGCCCCCGCAGUGGCUUUGCCCAUGUAUCUGCUCCUACAACAGGUGGUACCCACAUCACUCAAGUGCAUAUCCGGCUGUCACCAUCCUCACAUACUGGGACUUCUGAGUCCCCCAGAAUGGCCCUGGAUGGAGAUAAAAGCCUGUGUACUUCUAGCACCCAGCCUCUCAUCCCAGUGGCUCACAUUCGCCCACUGCCUGUUGGGGUACAGGCAGUUAGUCCUGGGCCCGAGGAGCCCCCUAUAACAAGGCCACCACCUAGCUUUCAGGCCUCAAUGAACAGAGAAAGUGGCGCUAGGGUGGUGGUGCCCAUAGCCCCUACAUACCGCUCACCUGGACCCUCACCUUAUAGCCCAGCUUCUGCAGCUCCUGAAGCAAAACAUCCAGAAGAGCUGCCCACAGCCAGGCCUGCCAUGGAGUCCAGGAAUGUCUCUAGCCUCCCCGGAGCCUCAGGCCCCUCAGACCUCCACCCAAGCCCUGUUCCCAAAGUUGCACCUAAGCCCUCCCUUAGUGGCUGGACACGGCUAAAGAAGCAGCUGAUUGAGGAGGCAAAGGAACCUGCAUUUCCAGAGCUGAAGCUGAAGCCGGAGACAACACAACCAGAGGUGCCAGCCCCUGUGGGCCCACAGCCCCCUGCCUCCCGAGCCUCCAGGAUGUGGGAUGCAGUGCUGUACCGCAUGUCACUGGCUGAGUCCCACAGAGACCACCCUGUGGGGUCUGGAGAGAGGGGCCACCCUCUGGCCUGCCUCAGCCGCCUGCCUUUUCUUUGCCGACCUCGUUUCAAUGCCCGGAAGCUACAGGAGGUGGUCCGGCCUCCUCCUACCUUCCACCCCAUACUGGAGCUGCAUUCUCGGCCCAAGAAUUUCAACCGGACAGCAGAAGGUUGGAGGCUCCAGUAACGAAGCCAGAGUGGCCUCUGGGACUCUGGACUCUGGUGGACAGAGACUGGCUGAAGCUGAGCAUACAGAGAAGAGAGCCUUAGCCCUCACGAGUGAACAGGAUGGGGCAGCAGGGUGUGUGACCAUGGUAGCUGAGUGCUAGCUGUGAAGAGGAGCCUAUUGGACAGAUACAGAUCAGUUGGUGGGAAGAGAUAUGGCAAGUGAGAGAAGUGAUUGAAGCUGGGAGCAUGUCUCUGGAGGUGGUUUAGGGCUGUGGAGAGUGUGCAUUGGAGAAUGUUCAUGGAUGGUGGGAGCCUGACUUCAGGUCUAGGGACUGUGGGGGACUCUAGUUCCAGAGAAAGAGAGCUUGGAUGAGGCACAUAGGACUGUGCAACUGAGGAAGAAUUGUCCGUGGUUCCAUAGGUAUCCCUUCUGGUUUCCUGACAGCAAGGGCUUACUGGGUAAGACUGCACCAAAUGUAGUGUAGUGAAAAAUCACAGCCAAGUUCCAACAGUUGGGUAAG